AUGUAUGCAUUUUACAAGAAUGUUUCCGAUCAUGAAGGAAAAACAACGAUUAUCACUUCCAACAUACAUACUGUCACUACUGGAGCGAAACAGGGAGGACAUGAAUAUUAUGCAGAAGAGACUUGCACUCAAUACAAAAAAUUUUCAUAUCUAGACCAGAAAAAUUUCAACAAUCAGGAUAUGAAACAUGCUGGGUACAAAUAUCAUAAAACACAAGCAAUCUUUCAAAAUGAAGAUAAUCAAAUAAGAAAUAACAAUAAUUUAUCAUUUCAUUUGGAUGAGUUCCAAAAAGAAAUAGAUGCAGCCAGUAAAAUUACAAAACAUAUUAUAAUAGGCGGUGAUUGGAAUGCACACCAUCCUGCAUGGUUAGACAAAGACAUUGACGACGUUGGAGAGACAAUCUUACAAUUUAUCAUUUCAAAUAAUUUACAUAUACUAAACACUUAUCCAUAUGAUAAAACAUUUUAUAAAAAUGGCUCAUCGUCAAGCAUCGACAUAUCACUAUGUUCAGCAUCCCUCAUCCAAUAUUGCAAUAACUGGAGAACAGAUCAAAAUGAAUUGGAUGUCGAAUCAGAUCAUUUACCUAUUACUUUUAAUAUUGCAACGAAAUGGACGUCCAUGCAUAUAAAGAGGCAAUACAUAGAAUCAUGGAAUUUACGUAGUAAUAAUUGGGAAAUGUACACCAAACAAUUGGAGAAAAAUCUACAAAUAUGGAAAACAACAAUAUGUACAACAGAUCAAAAUGAAAAUGCACUCGACAGUGCAGUAAAUAAUUGGACAAAUUGUGUAAUUCAAACUGGAAAAGAUACAAUAGGAAUGAAAAUGAUAUGGAAGGGGAAUAAACCAUGGUGGAGUAAUGCUCUACAAAGACAAAGGAAAAAGGUACAUAGAUUAAAAAGAAAAUUUAGGAAAUAUAAUAAUGAGACAAAUUACAAAAGGCACAAGGAUGAAGCCAAAGCACUUAAAAGAAAUUUAAGAAGAGAAAAGCAAGAAUUUUUAACAAAAAAUAUUGAAUUAUUAACUAAAAAUAAUAUGAAGCAAUUAUUUGCAAAAUUUAGGUCCAUGAAUUACAAUAAAAUUUCACUUAUACCAACGCUGACAAAACCAGCAACUGAAAAAGAACAAUCAAUAAGUGCUUAG